UGUGCGCUUCUACUGUCCGAUACGUUCCAUUAAUAUUAUAUAUUAACUACAUUUUCUCAUAUUUUUUAACUAAUAUAUAAUAAUAUGAAUGUAUUAAAAAAUGGGACACAGAAAGAAUUUAAUUUUGUUUACUCUACUCGUCUCAAACUUAGUUGACCAGCCGGCGCCAGAAGUGACGAUAGAACAAGGAGUUCUCAGCGGAAAAUUAAGUACUAGUGGAAUGUUUUACGAAUACAUUGGUAUCCCUUAUGCUACUACAAACAGCAGUACGAGAUUUAAGGCACCGGGUGCUCCGCCUUCAUGGGAGGGAGUUUACAAAGCGGUGGAUGAGAUAUACUUCUGUCCACAACCAGUUUAUAUUGGAUACAUUGGUGUCGAAGAUUGCCUCAAGAUCAACGUUUAUGUUCCAACAAUGGCAAAACCACCAUUUCCAGUCAUGGUAUACAUCCAUGGUGGUACGUUUAUUGUAGGCGGUGGAGGGAAACUGGUAUAUGGACCUGAUUACUUGAUAGAAAAAGAUGUUAUAGUAGUAACGUUUAACUACAGAUUGGGUGCACUCGGAUUUUUAUGCCUCGGUAUAAAAGAAGCUCCUGGCAAUGCGGGUUUGAAGGAUCAAAUAACAGCACUACGAUGGGUGAAGAAAAAUAUUGCUGCUUUUGGUGGAGAUCCUGAUAAUAUAACGUUGUUUGGUGAAAGUGCAGGUGCUACAUCUACUGCUUUGUUGUUAGCGAGCAACGCGACUUUAGGUUUAUUCAAUAGAGCUAUAGUACAAAGCGGACCGGCUCUAUCUAAUUGGGUCAUAAACAAAAAUCCCGUACAAGUAGCAAGACUUCUAGCAAAAGCUUUAGGUUACAGCGCUGAUAGUAGAUUGGAUUUAUAUAAAAUAUUUUCUAAGCUAUCAAUAAGAGAACUGGUAGGAACAAAUGUAAGAAUUCCUUCUCUGAAAUACCUCGAUACACAACUAAUGCAUCUGCCGUGCGUUGAAGAGAACAUAGAUGGAGAAGAAGCAGUAUUGACAGAUUUGCCUUAUAAUUUAUUUAAUAAGAAAUCUAAAAGUGUUCCAGUUAUUUAUGGUUUUACUAGCAAUGAAGGUUUAUUUUUGAUAUCCGAAUAUCGGUCUGAUAUGUAUGAAAAUAGAAAUAAAUUUUACAUGUUUGCGUCGGAUUUGAGUUUUAAAAGAGAAAAUGAUGCAGCAAAUGAGUCACAGAAAAUAAGAACAUUUUAUUUUGGAAAUGAUGAUAUAAGUACAAAGAAUAUGAGGAAUCUGUCCGAUAUGUACACGCAUUUAUAUUUUGAAAUGCCUUCCUUGUUUGAAUCGAAGCUUCUGAUCGAAAGAACAAACACAACAGUAUACAAUUACUAUUUCGAUUACUCAGGAUCAAGAAGUUUUAUGAAGAUGCGUAGUGGUUACGUUAAUGAAAAUGGAGCAUGUCAUGGCGAUGAUCUAUUUUAUAUUUUCAAAGCAUUGUUUUUACCUGUAACGUUAUUUCAAAGGGAUCAAAAAAUGAUAGAUACAAUGACAACCUUAUGGACUAACUUCGCUAAAUACGGGGAGCCAACCCCGGAUGAAACAGAACUUCAAGUCAAAUGGAUGCCAAGUAAUAAACACCAAAUGAACUUCCUAUAUAUAAACGAUGACUUGAAGAUGGGAAAAAUGCCGAAUCCGAAGCCUUAUCAAUUAUGGAAAACUCUUUAUGAUAAAUAUAGAAAGCUUUCUAUUUAAUAAAUUUGAAACACGUCUCUGCCUUGCUAAUUUAUAAGAUAAAUCCAUAGUAUAACUAAAGCUGAAAGGAAAGAUAGGAAGAAUAUUAAAAUCAGUUGAGCAGUUUGGAGUUAACCGGAUUUCUUUCAGAUGCUUAUUCCCGAACAAGCAAAGAAAUCUAAUGUUCAUAAUAAUAUUAGGAAACACAUAACCAAAAAAUUGCGAAUUCGAGAAUCAAAUAUAAUGACUAAAGUUAAUUAACAUUUAAGAAUGUUCGUAAGAAAAGCAUAGAAAGCAAUUAACAUUAAACUGGUAAGACAUAAAUUGUACUAAUAAUAAGACCGCGGAUACAAACUAAGCGAUGAGCGGAGCACCACGACAGCAGAUCGAGACUACUACUCCGCUCUCGCUCGUUUCAUGCGUGUCGCUGUAUUGUGCUACACUUUUGAUUGUUGCCCCGCUCCGCCCGUGGCGUCGCCCCGCUCGUCCCUAAUUUCGUGCCCGUGGCUUAAGUACCUACUUGUCACUUACGAAGUUGACGACGUGUAUCAGAAUAAUUAUCAAGAGUUGAUUCAAGACAUUGUAACGUGUUUUAAUUAUUCAUCACUUUCUCAAUUUUCUUGCUU